GUGACAGCGGGGGACCACUGCUGCAAGCGGAUGCGCCGCGUUUCGAUCCGUCCAAGGGUGACCCUCAGUUGGACGUUGUCGUUGGGAUCGUGUCAUUUGGCGAAUUUGCGGCGUGUGGAGAGUCCCGAAAUCCGGACGUUUUCACAAGGCUCAGCAGCUUUCGUCCAUGGAUUGACAAGCACAUAAGCCCUUCGAAUGCAGCCCCUGUCCCAUUGGCACCACCAGCCCCUGCGUUUGGUGAAGCCGAUUCAAGUGCCCCACCACCAUCCCCAUCAGUGCCGCCGCCAACGCAAGCUCCAAUGCUGCCACUGCCGCAGGCCCCACCACCGACUUGGGGUGCUCCGUCACCAACGUCAGCACCAGAACUAGCACCACUUGAUGAG